AGCAGCCGGAAACGGGCGAGCGCGGCAGCCCGGGAGCAGCCUGGACGGUGGCCUCCGGAAUCGCUCCGUCUCAGCCUGCCCCCUCCCUCUUUAUUUGCCUCCGCCCCCUCUCCCCUCCUCCCCCUCACCUCGCGUCCUAAAACGCGGCGGGCGCCUUUAAGAGGGAGCUUUGGUUACCCUGGGGGCGGGAACCCCUCGGCAGAUUGGGAGGCGGCGGCGCUCGCCCGCGAUGCUCCUCACUUUCUGCUCCAGCUCCCGCCGCUGCCGCCGCCGCCGCCUCCUCCGCUUCCUCCUCAGCCUCGAAGCGUCGUUUUUCUGCAGCAGAGAGAAGUGCUAUGUCAGGAAAGUUCCGGGAGGGACUGGAUGGGGCCAUGCUCCCUGGGUUCUUCUGCAGGCGCCCGCGCGCAGCCCUUUGUAUGAGGCAAAAGGACUGCUAUGGAAGAUGGAGCUCUUUGUCCGUUUUCCAGAAUGUGUUUCCAUCAAUGAAACAUGAUACUGCUGUUUUGUGUUGACAUGCUUGAAGACCACCCACAUCUCUGCUCACGCCUUCCAUCCUGCUGAAACCAUGGUCUUCUCUGCAGUGUUGACUGCGUCCCAAACUGGGGCAACCAACACAACAUUUGUAGUCUAUGAAAACACCUACGUGAACAUUACGGUCCCUCCACCAUUCCAGCAUCCCGGCCUUGGCCCGCUGCUCAGAUACAGCAUGGACGCGAUGGCUCCCACUGGGAUGGGGAGUUCCUUGACCGUGAAUGGCACAGCUGCACCCCCAACACCAGCAGUUUUUAAGAGCCUAAACUUGCCUCUCCAGAUCAUCCUCUCUGCUAUAAUGAUAUUUAUUCUGUCUGUGUCUUUCCUUGGGAACUUGGUUGUUUGCCUGAUGGUUUACCAAAAAGCUGCCAUGCGCUCUGCAAUUAACAUCCUCCUUGCCAGCCUGGCAUUCGCAGACAUGUUGCUUGCAGUGCUGAACAUGCCCUUCGCCUUGGUAACUAUUGUUACUACAAGAUGGAUUUUUGGGAAAUUCUUCUGUAGGGUAUCUGCUAUGUUUUUCUGGUUGUUUGUGAUAGAGGGAGUAGCCAUCCUGCUCAUCAUUAGCAUCGAUAGGUUCCUUAUUAUAGUCCAGAGGCAGGAUAAGCUAAAUCCAUAUAGGGCUAAGAUUCUAAUUGCUGUUUCUUGGGUGGCUUCCUUUUGUAUAGCUUUUCCUUUGGCUGUAGGAAACCCUGACCUGCAGAUCCCUUCUCGAGCCCCGCAGUGUGUGUUUGGAUAUACAACCAACCCUGGUUACCAAGCUUAUGUGAUUUUGAUUUCUCUAGUUUCUUUCUUCCUACCCUUCCUGGUGAUACUGUAUUCGUUUAUGGGCAUCCUCAACACCCUUCGGCACAAUGCCUUGAGGAUCCACAGCUACCCCGAGGGUAUAUGCCUCAGCCAGGCCAGCAAACUGGGUCUCAUGAGUCUACAGAGACCCUUCCAGAUGAGCAUUGACAUGGGCUUUAAAACACGUGCCUUCACCACCAUUUUGAUUCUCUUUGCUGUCUUCAUCGUCUGCUGGGCCCCAUUCACCACUUACAGCCUUGUGGCCACAUUCAGUAAGCACUUUUACUAUAAGCACAACUUUUUUGAGAUUAGUACCUGGCUACUCUGGCUCUGCUACCUCAAGUCUGCAUUGAACCCACUGAUUUACUACUGGAGGAUUAAGAAAUUCCAUGAUGCCUGCCUGGAUAUGAUGCCCAAGUCCUUCAAGUUUUUGCCACGUCUUCCUGGUCACACGCGGCGGCGGAUACGUCCCAGUGCUGUCUAUGUGUGUGGGGAACACCGGACAGUGGUGUGAAUAUUGGCACUGCCUGACAUUUGGGGUGAUGGUUGCUCUUCAUCUGACUUUGAAUUUUCUUUUACAUGGGUUCUCCAAGUGUACCUUAUUGGUUUUUAUAGGGUUUGUGUGUAUAUAUGUGUGUGUGUGUGUGUGUGUGUGUGUGUGUGUGUGUGUGUGCGCGCGCGCACUCAGCGUAAAGAAAGAGUGGUGAUUAGUUAUAAUUCUAUUACCAAGGAUACGCAAUAGGGAAAUGAUCACAAAUGUUACCUCCAGGGUUCAAGAGAAAUCCUUGAUUUAGGGUGGGGAGAUGGUGUUUUGUUUCUUUGAUUGAUUUUGUUUUUGAAGCAGGAAUCAAGAUUGUGCUUUAUUGAGCCUGCAGUUAUAUUGAAUUGUAGGUGUUUUGGAUGCUGCUAAGGUAUGCUUAAUUAAGUUUAUCAUUUUUUUUUCCAGAAGACAUUGCUGCUUUUUGUCAUCACAUUGGAGCCAAAACCACAUACAUCUCAGUAGAUAAAUAUUUACUUUUAUUGAAAAAAAUAACCCAAGGCAGUUAGUGACAUUUUAAAGGUCAUUAAUACUUACUUUGGUGCACUUUAAGAAAUAAUGUACAAACUAAUUCAGUCAUGUUUUUCAGAAUUGUUUUUAUACAUGACAUGUUGUGCUUUAGGGAACAUUGCAUUAUCAUUUCUAGGAAGAUAGUUUUUAAAAAAUGUUUUGUUUGCAUGUUGAGUUUUAAAGGAGAGAACAUAAAAAUGUAGACCUUCUUCUAAGCACAAUAGCAAUUCUUCAGAGCUGAGUUGAGGAGACAGGGCAUCCUUGCAAAUGUAAAUGGGAGGCAGUGAGGAGGUAGCUGGCAUGGGCUGUGGUAUUUCCUUUGACUCAAGGAUUCUCACUGAGUCCAGUGGGGAGAAGGACCUACCAUUUAUUGGACACCUGCCGUCUUCCAGGCACUGUGCAUUUUUAUCCUCACAGCAUCCUGUGAGGUAGGUAUUCUUUUUUUCUUUUUACGAAGAAAGUACGUCUCAGAGAGAUGAAAAUCCUGCCCAAGGUUAAUGGUAGAGCUGGAAUCCAAGAAAGUCUGUCAGAAUCCUGAGACUGCUGUUCUUCUGUGCCACAUAGACAUACCAUUCGGGUUUAAGUAUUUCAUAGUCAAGAAGGAACUCUGUAUCUUUAAUUUUUUUAGACUAAAACCUUCCUUUUAAAAGUAGUUUCACUUUUUUUUAUUACCAAAAAAAUGUGAAAACAUUACAGAAAGUGUGGAAAAUAGAAAAAAAUCACAACCACCCUUUUACAGUGGAACUUAAAAAUCUCAGACAAAUAAGGCUAUAAGGAAAUAAGGUGAUUUUUUUUGGUCUACAAAAUAAGUGACUGACAACGACGGAGAAGUUAAAUACAGCUGUAUGUGGGUCUUGGCCUUUGCAGGGUCUGAGGUUUCCAGUUGUCCAGUCGUUUCUAAAUGUUCUGGGCAAAAUAGCACUGUUGCCUGAGGGCUUGCCCAGAGCAGAGCUGGAGUUUGUGAAUGUGCUCAAGAGUGUGUCUCCUACAAAGAAGCAAAGAUAAGUCCUGGUCUGAGCACAGAGCAAGUUUUAAUAGGGCAGGUCUGGGGUUUCAAAUUAUUUUUCUCUUGCCGACGACCUGCCCCGCCCCCCCCCCCCCCCCCACCAGGUACAUCCAGAGCCUUUGGUCCCCUUGCUCUGUGGCCACUGACACACUUUAUAAAACAGCUGACAGGGAUGGGGCUGCAGACUAAGGUCACUAGGGUUGAAAGUGUAGCCUCUUGGCCACAUCAUGGGCUUUAUAAAUAGCUGAGUUAACAUGAACACUUUUUGGAUUUUUAUAGCAUCUUUGCAGCAUUUUAGUGCUUUGUGAGCCAGUGGUAAAAAUGAGCCUGUUUCUUCAGUUUUACAACCACGGAGUUGGAUUAGAUGAAUCUUGCCCAACUCUAAUGUGCUUUCCUCCAUGUGAGAGUAGAGAUUUGUGAAGAGCUUGGCUGACGUCAGCAUCAAUCUUUGGUCUCCAGUGUUACUUCUUUGCAAUUUACUUAUUAGCUGUUUCUCAAAAUGGAAUGUCUCCUGAAUGUUGGAAGAGCCCAUAGCACUGUAUCAGGAGUUAGGACUUUGGAAGAUAGAUGACAUCUUGAAGGACCUGGGGAACCCUGCUCUCUAGGCAGUUGUGAUGGUUUUAGAACUCAUUUUCCAGUUAAAAAACUCUUUUGGGACUCAAAGCACUUACUCAGCAUGUUGUUUUGGGAUCAGCCUUUGCUGAUAGUCACCUACCUCUUUGGUUUCUAAUUUAUAUUAUUCACAGGUUAAAAUUGUUUUUGUCCACUAAGGAUCUUACGGAACGUAAACACUGUAGUAGAUACCUAGGAACACCUGGAAGUGUAUCAUGCUUUCCAUUUUCAAUAUAAACUGGAUUUCAAGCGGAUAAUAAUACGUCUAUUUGAAAUUAGACUUUCUCUGAUGAAAGUCAGCAUGAUCUGUAUUCAUCUCCCAUAUUGGCAGUAGGUCUUGAGACUCCUUUUGUGAUAGGAGUUGAAACUGAGCUUUGUUUCCUUUGUCCUUUCUUAUGAACAGUCCUUGGGUACUUCUGUGCUGCCUGGUAGGCAGUGCACUCUUGGGCAAGAGCGAGAGCUCGGGGUGCCUGCUGAGAUGCUCCAUGUUUGUGAGAGAAGACUGUGCGGGGCCUUAGUGGGAACUCAGCACCGCCACCCAACAGCAGAUCUCUUUACACUGGAGACUCUUGAUAGGGGGCAGUUUACAAAUCAUUUUGAACGUGUUUGUUAUGUAUACAUUUUGGAAGCUUUAAAAAAAAUGUACUCUGAUGUACCUUUAAAAAAUUUAGGUGCAGAAUCCUAUUUUUCCUAUUCCCCUGUAUUUUCUUGAGGGGGUAAAGAAAAAUACCACUACUAAUUAUUGCCGCUGACAGACAUAAUCAGAAAUGUUUUUGUUUUCAUUUUCCUUCUGGCAAAUAGGUAAGAGGCAUGAGAGAGAUCGUCAAAUAUCUACGAUCAAGAGAGAGUCAAAAGAAAUCCCCAGUAGUCUGGAGUAGUGAUAUUUAAAUUUUAAUAGGAAUUUGUGUCUAAGUAUUCCCAGGGGAGCUUGUUUUUUUUAAAUUUUAUUUUAUUAUGUUAUGUUAGUCACCAUACAAUACAUCAUUAGUUUCUGAGGUAGUGUUCCACAAUUCAUUGUUUUCAUAUAACACCCGGUGCUCCAUGCAGUACAUGCCCUCCUUGAUACCCAUCACCAGGCUUACCCAUCCCCCUACCCCCUCCCCUCUAGAACCCUGUUUGUUUCUCAGAGUGGUUGUUAACAAUACAGAGGUCUGGGUUCCCCAGAGGGGCUGCGGUUGGGCCCAGGAAUGCACACUAUUUCGUUGAACACUCUGCAUUCCCAUGCAGGUCCCUGGGUCCCUGAUCCUGAAGCACAGGUGCUUCAAGAAGCACUCCUGUUGAAAAUAUACCCAUUUUAAGAUUGUUUUACACAAAAAUGUUAGUGUGGGAAGCCAUUCAUUAUCUCCUAGUGCAUGGGUCAUCCACACAUUGACAGGAGAAUCGACACAAGGUUGUGCCUAAUUUGCUGCCAGGCGUGUUAGUGCUGGGUCUCGCCAGUGUUAGCUGUAUUUUCUCUCAGCUGGCAAAAUUCUGAUGGGUCAUGUUGUUUCAUACUAGAGCAAAAGGAGUCAUUUAGUAUUGGAAAGUCAUGACUUUCAAGAGUCUAGUUCCUCUGUUUUCUUUUCCUCUAGAGAGAUGUCUUUACUGUAUAUAAUCUCCAGAAGAGUUUGAGGGGAAUGUACAAUUCAUCCAAUUUCCCAUUGCUCUGCUUAUGCCAGUCAUGUUCAAAGGAAGCAUGAAGAAAAUAAGAUAAUCUUUUUACUCUUUGUAUAAUUUCAGUUGCUGACAAAGAUAUUUAAUUUGUUCUUAAUCUUCGCUUUUGUUUACAUGAAAAUAUUUAUGUAUAUAUCACAGAAGAAUUUCUACUUGCUUGACAUUUUAUUCUACUAUGGUUUUUAAGUUUAAAGGACAGCUUAAUUCAAAGUUAUUUUCACAACAUUAGUCCUGCUAAACUGCCUUCGUUGAAGACUCAGUUUUCAAAUAAUAAAAAUAUUAAAGCACAUGUUUGUUAUUACAGGUAAAUGGUAAUACAUUUCUUAGCUAUAUAUUGGUACUAGUCCUUUGUAAUUAAAAUUAAUUUAUUUUACAAUAGUACCUGACCUAUAUGAAAAAAAAAAAAAACCCACUUUGAAUUCUGGGUUGCAAUUCAAGAAUAAGAAGGUAUGGUUAUUUGUGCAUAUUAUUAUAACCGGGAAAAGAGCUCCCAAUAAGAAAAUGAAUAAAUAUUUAACAUUUCUAAAAGUGGAGUUUUUUUUAAAAGGACUACUUAUCUUAGAAAGAUUUGUCAUGAGUAAUACUUUCUGUUAAAUUAAAAUCUGA